CUAUAUUCGAAUUCAGUGGAAAUAAAUACUAAUUUAGUUAAAAUCACUGAAAAUGUUGUGAAAAAUACUAUGUACUAAAGAAAUUUGUCAUAGUAUUUUUUAGAGUGCACUCGUGUCAAAAUAAAAACAAACAGUUCGUGUAUUUCACUACGGUGAAUUUGCUUUUCUGUUAUGAUAAAUAUGGUCGUAGUAAAAACAAAUUUGAAUCUAUAGUAAUUAAAAAAACAUUGUGUUUUCCGUCGGAAACAGUCGAAACAGUAGAUACAAGACACUUUUUGUUUAGUCACCAUUUUGUGUUUUGAAUCAGUCAGUCCCGUUUAUUCGUGUGCUCCUGUUUGCUUCCAAAAUAUGGCCGAAAAGAACAAAUCUGCAGAAGUAAUCGUCGAUAAAGCUCUGAAUGAAGCUCUGGAGGAUUCGGAAGAGCUGAUUGAAGAGGACAACUAAAACCCAGAGCUUGAGGAGCUCAUCGUGAAAAAAAUGGGGAUUGGAUGUUUCGGUGUAUUCCAUUUUGAUCGAUACUAAAAACUUCAUUUGCUGCACAAUAUUUCACGCAAUCGUUAAGCCGGUGCGAACAUCGGGACGGAAGUUACCAUUGAUUCUGCAAGCACAAACAGAGAUGCAAAACCGAACGAGAGUUUCAGGAAAUAGUGGAAGAGCUACGUAACGAGCUGAAAGAAGAAGAAGCUGAAUUUUCUCCAAGCAUGUUCGUGAUCGGUAAUGCGGAAAAAAAUGUUGCCUUCUAUGUUGUAACAUCGCGUUUGCAGUUCAAGUUACCUUAAUUCCUCCGCUGUAUCGAUUUGGUAGUUAAGCUGAAGUUUGUUCUGAACUACAACUUUCACGAAAGUUGCGAACUAUUCUGGUACUUCGUUGCUAAACAAUUCUACAACAUCGACAGCUCGCGAAAGUCGAGAAAUAGUCAACUGCUGUAGCUUCUCGCAUAUUUGGAAGGCUGAGAAUCAUCAACAUGAACUGUCAUCUGUGCCAUAUUACGUCCAACUGUCUGCAAAGUUUCUUCAAACACUUAACAAUUCAUCAUGGCACACCUACCAUCUUCAAGUAUACCUGUACAGCAUGUGUGCCCUCGACUUCGUACCAGAAUCUACAUCGUUUUAAGCGACAUGUCAUUUCCAACCACGCCGGUUUAUUCGAGUCCAAUGACCCCGAUGGUGACAGCGAUCUUGGUAACGCCACGCCUCAUGUCGAAAAUAUGACCGCUCCAGACAUCACAGAAGAAAAUGUGACCCAAGUGCAAAUUCCAAUCAGGGCAGAAGCUGAUCAUAACGUAAAUGAAAAUGAAGAGAUGGAGAAAAUUAGCUUAGAAGACACAGAUAUUUUAGAUUUAAGAAAUAAGUUAAGAGACACGUUUUUAAACUUUUCGCUAAGUUUACACAGUAAGCCAAAUUUCACGAGAAAAGAUGUUAUAGAUCUACAAAAAAAUAUUACCGAACAAAUCGUGAGACCGAUUUGCGAUACUCUAAUUAAAAUAUGUCCUUUAGUUAAUAACAAAGACAUCAAUGAGCUAAUCGAGGAUAUUUAUCAACCAUUUCAGUUCAUAAGCUCCGAGCAAAAACUAAAUACGACAUUGCAAAAUAUCCAAUUAAACGAUUCAUUACAAACUGUCAAUUACAAAAAUAGUGAUGGAAACAUUACUUCGAAAGGCUGCCUUAUGCCAAUUAAGCAUCAGUUCAAACUGUUUUUCGAGAGUGGGAAUAUUUUUAAUGACACGAUUAAUCAUAUUAGGUUGCUAGAAGACAGAGAAAAUAUUACUAAUAUUGUCAACGGUACUUUAUGGAGACAUGUGAAACAAUCAUUUAAAGACAGAUGUGUUAUACCGUAUUUCCUAUACUCUGAUGAAGUAGAGAUGAAUGAUGCUAUUGGUGCUCACUCAGGAACCCACAAAGUUACAGGACUAUACUAUAACUUUCCAACAAUACCUCCUCACUUCUUAGCACGAUUAGAAAAUUUAUUCGUUGCUGGUUUUGUUAAAGCAUCUGAUAUGGCAAAGUUGGGUCCAUCUGUUGCUUUGAAAGAAUUGAUUGAUGUACUAAUUGACCUGGAGCAAAACGGCAUUGAAUUGAAUAUAGAUGGAAAAACUAUUCGUGCGUAUUUUGUACUAAUGGCUAUACUAGGAGACAACUUAGGGAUCAACACUUUAAUGGGGUACGCAACAUCAUUUAGUUCUAUGCUGUUCUGUAGGUUUUGCACUAUGAAUAAAUAUGAUUGCCAAAAAAUGCUAAAACUUGAUCCAAAUUGUUAUCGAACUAUAGAAAAGUAUGAAACUGAUGUUCAGUUGAAUUUCAAAGAAUCUGGUAUAAAAGAAGAAUCUGCUUUCAAUAAGUUGGAAUAUUAUCAUGUAGCGAAAUUCACUAGUGUCGAUUUAAUGCGACUUUUUUCACACGUAGAAAAACGACCACAAAAGGAUGACGAGUGGACUGAUAUCGAAGACAACGCAUCUAAUUCAUCGUCCGAAUACAAAGUACAUAGUAACAAACAAACGUCGGCGGUCAAAGCGGUGCAAAGAGAUGGAUGCAAAAAAGGCUUGUACGGACCAGUGUUUCCUCAACGCGGACCAGAUGAAAAUUGUUGA